GUGCGUGCCCAUUAGUGACAGAUACGAGUUAUAUACGUUUAUAGUGCUGUAACGUGCGUAGACGCGCGAUCACCGAGGGCAAGAUGCCGCUCUUCGGCAAGAAGGAGAACAAGAAGAUCAAGAAGGACGGCAAGGACGACCGAUCGCCCUCCGUUGAGGACAAGUACAUCCUGAAGGACCUGCUGGGAACGGGAGCAUUCUCUGAAGUCAGGCUGGCGGAAAGUAAAGAGAAGCCAGGCCAAAUGUUUGCCGUAAAGAUCAUCGACAAGAAGGCGCUAAAGGGCAAAGAAGAUUCGUUAGAGAACGAAAUUAAAGUUCUGCGAAGGUUCAGUGAAAGUGCGACACCACAGAGUGGUGACGGAUCACUCAAGUCGGAUAGUAGUGGAGAAAAGAGAUGGCUAACCCACCCCAAUAUUGUGCAAUUGCUGGAGACAUUUGAGGACAAGCACAAAGUCUAUUUAGUCAUGGAGCUGGUCACUGGUGGAGAGCUAUUUGAUCGGAUCGUCGAGAAGGGCUCGUAUACAGAAAAGGACGCAUCCGGUUUAAUAAGACAAGUACUCGAGGCGGUAGAUUAUAUGCACGAACAAGGUGUUGUCCACAGAGAUCUCAAGCCGGAGAAUCUACUGUAUUAUAGUCCAGAUGAAGAUAGCAAGAUCAUGAUCAGCGAUUUCGGCCUAUCGAAGAUGGAAGAUUCUGGAAUUAUGGCGACCGCUUGCGGCACGCCGGGAUAUGUCGCACCCGAGGUUCUGGCGCAGAAACCGUACGGCAAAGCAGUAGAUGUGUGGAGUAUAGGAGUCAUCUCGUACAUCCUGCUGUGCGGAUAUCCUCCAUUUUACGAUGAGAAUGACGCCAAUCUGUUCGCACAAAUUCUGAGAGGUGAAUUUGAAUUUGACUCGCCAUACUGGGAUGAUAUCAGCGCUUCUGCAAAAGAUUUCAUCGGAAAGUUGAUGUGCGUCAACGUCGAGGAACGUUACUCAUGCAAACAGGCUCUUGCACAUCCUUGGAUUUCCGGCAACGCGGCUAGUAAUAAAAAUAUUCAUGGUACUGUGUCCGAACAACUUAAAAAGAAUUUCGCCAAGUCAAGGUGGAAGCAAGCGUACCACGCAGCUACAGUCAUACGUCAGAUGCAACGGCUGGCGUUAAACAGUGGCCAGCAGCAGCAGCAGCAGGAGGGUACAGGUUCGAUCGGCCCCUCCAGCGGCAAUCCCACGCAAUACCGAGAGCAAGUCAGCUACAACCAGCACACGGGGCCAUUGGGGCCGACGCCUCCACCCUCGAGCAAUCUCAGCAAUUGAAACAGACGCGCGAGCCGUUGCUCACGUGUCAAGCCUGAUGUUUACGAAUCUCACUUUUCACUCCAUUCCAAUCACUCCCGCCGACUACUCGCCGCCGCUAUACAUGUGCAACAAAACGCUUCAAGCUGUGGGGCAGCACACGCACCGCUCUGUCCACUCUCUUUCGGGACAAUGUGUCGUAACUUAGGAAGCAACAGAAGCAUAAGAAGAGCUGAGCCUAGGCACCGCUACAAUCACGCACGCCUACACGAAGGGCAAUGUACCACGCGACAUAGCCGCUUUCAAGCUACGAAAGCGACGAGAAUAGAUUAGAGCCAAUUUGCUUUGCGUCAGUGACGCGUACACAUAUACGUACACAUGUACAUCCAGAAACAGUUACCAUCAAAAGGCGUAAACUACAAUUCGCUUUGGCUGGUCCAUGCGAUACGACUUGUACCCUUCUUCUAUAGCAGUACGGCAGUUACGUUCGCAGGCUUUAUUCAUAUGAUUUAUGAUGUUUCCUAUGUUACACACGCAUAAAUAAUAGCUUGUAGCAGUUUGAUGAAUACGUUUCGCAUCAAUCUGACAGAAUAAGAGGUGGUUACCUUUCUAGAGAUAAGACUUGAUGAUUGUGUGUCGCGAUCAUGCUUGCGCACUUUAUUAGAUUGAAUCCGUUCUAUACAUAUAUAUAAUGAAGUAUAUAUUAUACAUAUAUAAAUAUAUGCAUACGCGAACAGUACAACGACAAGUUUUUAUAUUUUAUAAAAUUCGGUGUAAUAAGUAGCGCGGCUGUUUGAUACAAUUCUGUGCAGCAUAGAGACCUGUACCCCGUUAGACACGGAUGAAUAUGAUUCCAUACUACGGUUCUUAUGUAAUUUGAUUCUUGCACGCCGUAAUAUACACUUUGGAAGGAUAGAGGAUAUUCCCUAUCUAUUUAUCAUUGGGUUUACUUUUCAGUUAAUAAUAUACAAAAAUGUACUACCAAAACGUAAAUGAUAUCGAGAGGUCGCUUAAUGCACAGAGACGUAGCCUGAUCUGUUUCUUUCUCUCUCUCUCUUUUUUUUAUCUUAUUUUAUUAACGCGUGUUUUUGUAUUUUUUUUUUUAAUAACUGAGAACAUGCCUCCGCUUAUGUAAAUGCUUAUAUAGUAGAUACUUAUACAAUGUGCUAUUUUAUGUAUCUGUAUGUAUACUCUUCUCUUUUAACAUAUAUGUAGUGAUAUAUUAAUAUAGAAUCCUAAAUGGGAUCCACUAAACUAGCUUGAAACUUAAAAAUAUAAUAUAUGUACAUUAUUCUGCUAAUAUUAAUAUAUAUUGCACUACUAUUUCUACAGAACGUAAGGUGUACAUAAUGCACAAAUACACAUCUAAAUUCACAUAGACUAUCUUGCGUGCCUGAUUUUAAAAUGACGUGAGAAACAAUUCUGUUACUAUCAUAGCACAAUCUUAACUAUUUUCAUACACGCGUAAAAAUAUUACGUUACUAUGUUAUAUGUUAUUUGACAGUUUAUUAUGACAUUUUAAUUUUUUAUAUCAAUGACAAAUGUACAUAUUUCAUAUGCAUACAUUUUACUUUUUACAAUUAUUUUUUUAUUAAUGAAAAUACCAUAUGUAAAGAAAAAAAUGGUAAUGUUACUUUUUAAAUAUUGAAAUGUGCAUAUACAUGGAAUACUAUAUGGUAAAGGCACGCUAGACAGACAAUGGAGAAUCGAAUUAAUUAUUUUUACGCUUGUAUCUUUUUAUCUUUACUGAAACGUAAGAAAGAAAUCGGCUCGAAAGUGCAAUUUAUUCCUAAUAUCAAUUUACACACAGCAGGCGAGUGUUUAUCUCGUUAAUAUAUAUGAACCAAUGAGAGAUAAAAGAAAAUGUUACUUAAUGACUCUCUUGUUUAUCGUAUCUUUAUUAUUUUCACAUGACGUCAACAGAAAUGCAGUAAAAUAUGCACUUUUUGUGAUGAUGAUUUUACAUUUUAUGAAUUCAUAUCAAAACUGAUAGAAGAUCUUUUUUUUCAUGCGGAAUAUAAAUAUAUGUAAAGUUGUAAUUCAAGUUUGGACGACACGUUUCGUGUUGUUACAUCGUUAUUGAAGUAAAUGCACAAAACUCGUAAAAACCAUGCCACUUUAAUCAAAAUAUAUUUUGAACGCGUGCUCCAUUGCGAAAAUGCGUAUGAUUGAUUGCUAGAAUGAAUAAUUACGUAAUUAAAUUUGGUAAACUGGGACACAGGUGUGCCGCAGCACGCAGCUAAACAAUAUAAACCACUGUUUAAUCGCGAAACUGAGCUAUCCUUUGUGAGACAUAUCCACGAAUAAAUUCAGAGACCGACUAGCGAUUUCUGUGUUCUAUAAUAUAGUUGGGAGUAGAAACCUUUGGAACAUGUGGCUCUCAUUUAAAGGUCUGAGCACCGAAAGAUGUAAAAGAGAAAAAUAAAAAAAAGAAUGUUAAUUGCACUUUAUCGAGCAGACAUCUCUGUUGUUAUAGUAUAUUCUCUCUUUCUCUUCGAAUUAAGCUAUAUAAUAUAAUCUCUUGGCAUUAUCAUAUUAGGCAUCCGUCCGUACAGCGGGCACUUCUCGAUGUAAGGGGAUAUUAUAGAGAAUUAUAGAGAGAAGAGUGUGUGUAACCGAUGCGAUGAUCACUUUGGGGAUGCGUUGGAGAACAUCGCUCUGUAGUGAAAAAUCUCGUCCAUUUGAAAGAUCUUAGUGUUUUUGACUUUGAAACGUAGUCUUUUUAUUGCAAAAGGAAAGGAGAGAAUAAUCGGAACGCCGAUUGAAAAAGUCUGAGAUUAGACUCCUCGUACUUUUUACUUUGUGUCGAAUUUCAUGUUCUCGAUCGCAGCCCUAAACUCAAUAACGACGGACACUAUUUCACGGCCGUAUAAUAGAAACUUUACCUGAUAUGCGAUAAAGCGCAUAAGCGAAUGACGUUUAUGAUUACUGCUAAUUACCGUUAAUUAUACGCUUCUCCAAGUACCUUGGUACGCUAACCGAACUAUUAUUGGUGUCUUUCAUUGUGUAAAUUGACUUCUGAAGUGCCUUGGAUGACAUGAUGAUGGUACAUUACCAUACGUGCCAUUAGUAGAAACUUUUGUAGGUGCUUGUCACAGAACGUGUUCGAAUAUUCGUUGCGUUGCACGAGAUAAUGUUUCUUUGAUCGGAGCUCAUAGAUAUUUGAGGUGCUCAAGUCGACGUACUUGUUAGAGAUUUACAUGCAGCGGUCUAUAAUGCACGCGUUAGUGUGCGAAGGAAAAUUAUUAUGGGCAUGCUGGACGUGUUUCUCUUAUCAGUAGAUCGGUAGAUAGAAUGUUAUUUUACAUACUAUGCAGUAAUAGCGCUGUUCAACCACAUCCCUGCGUUCUUUCGAUUCCAAUGCUGAAGUGCUUCGCGUGUAAUCAACAUCAUGUCAUCUAAUAAGAGAGAUUCGCUAGAAAACAUUCGUUUUACGCUAACAAAUGCGCGUUGUGAUGGCUCUGCGAUGAAUUCUAAAGAAAAAUAGAAAAAAAGAAAAAAAAAUAGGAAGAUCUGAUGGAGCUUUAGCUUGUAUUCAAAGUACCGUGCCACGUGAACAAACACAUAUCGGCAGGAAUACUGUAAAUGUGAUGUAAAGAUAAGCUGAUACUAAGUAGCGACGAGAACGAAUUGUUAGUGAAAUCUCAUAUAAAAAAAAAAUAUAUAUGUAAAGGCCAAUCUGACUGCUGUGUGUGCACAGAGCGAGAGCGCGAGAUAAAGGACGAUAGAAGUAGCGUGAUGUGCAGGACGAUGUCAAAGGUCCCCCUGAAAUUCUCCUAAGCCAUGGAUCUUUCGGCAUCUACGCGUAAUAUCAUUAUUAUCAAGACAUUUUGAACAUUAUCUAGAAGGCGAGCGUCGCACCGUGCUUGUAACGUUAACGCGGUGCGUUAACGCCGGACACCUUAAUAUCUUCCUACUGUAUUUUUCUCAUUGUACAAGGCUUGCGGUCGUUAUGCUAGGAAGCGCAAACAUGUGGGAAUUCAUUCGGCGGUCGCCUUUCGGAGACGAAUCUUGCCGUCUUAUUAUCGCAAUGAAAAGUUACAAAGUACAGAAGAAACUCUCUAUACUGUAAUAAAUAUGAUAAGCGAGACGAUUUGCGCGUCGUUGCCACUGCGCACUCGGCGCUGCGUAAAGAGAAUAAUCAGAAUAAAGAUAAAAUAGUUUAAAAUGUGCCAAUGUUUAUGAUGUCCUUUCGGUGAUGUUGGAUGACGACAGCUUAUUAUCUCUUCGUUACGCUCAAUUCGGCGAUGUUAUGCAUCUCACUGUCCUAUCGGGUUCUGCGACUUGAAAGCUUAACUCUGUAAUAUAGCACAUGUUCUUUACAUAUUGCGGCCUACGUCUGAGAGAGCGUGUAUUUGAGAAAAUGGGAGAUACGCAGAAAGAGGAGAGUAAAUUCCUAUUUUAAAUGUUACCUGAAAUGUGCUCUCUUACAAAAUAUUAUUUUCUAUUACCGAUUUUUUUCCGGGUGGAAAUGAAAGCUAUUUCUUUCGAGAAGAAAAACGAUUGGCCUUACGAAAAAUUAACGAUCGAUAUAUAUUUUUUGAGAGGUAGGAAUAAGUACAGCGAACGCAGCGCAUUAAAUGUGCGAUUUAAAUUUUAUUUAUCUCGUUUAAUUAGACGAUUGUGCGUGAUCAUGCGAUUGCACAAAGCAAGACACUAUUUUUUGUACGUGAGCUGCUGCUUAUAUAAUUAGAAAGGAAAGAAUGUCGCAUGCAAUAUACACGUGAAGUACUUUAGAAAGACUGUUAUCUCCAUCACCGAUGAAUUGGGGGACAGUGGACAGUAGCUAUGAGUGGGUCUGUUAUUUCCUUUUUAUACGACUUUAGUCUUUUACGUGUGUAUACUUGCCAUUGUGGCGAAUAUAAUAAUCUUUUUUUUUCUUUCGAUAACAGGUCGAAGUCUUUGAAUUUCUAUUGACUCUCUUACAUUUAUAGAAAGAAUACACCGCGUUGAUCACAUCCAGAAGCGAUAAGUUCUCGCUAAUAUUUUGUUAAUAAAAUUGAAUUCAAUUUAGGAAGGCGUGUGGCAAUGAUAGGAAGCGGUAUGAACAUUGUUUAUAUGGUAGUUAAUCAACAAUGUGAUAAAAUAAUAAAUGAUAUUUAAUUCUUGA